AUGGAAGCCCCAGAAAUCUCGUGGAAUCCACUAGAGAUCCUUCUCCUCUUCCGAUGCGUGGCGAAUCUAGGCCUUUCUGACAAACCUCUUCCCAACUCCUCUCCAACCGUACCUGUUAGCGCAGGGGCCGGAGCGAUAGCCGGCAACAGCGAUUCAGAUGGGUUCGUAAGCCGGGGCGGUGACGGCUGGGCGGUAGUGGCGACGGAGAUGCAGAAGCGGUCGGCGUUUGUGUCACGGCGGUCGUUGGAUCGCCCGCACACUGCGCAGGUUCGUCGGAUCCGCAUGUGCUCACCGCUGUCUUCCCGUCUUGCUAUUCUCUCAUCUUUCUUCUGGCCUGGGAGUUACGCUGCCGUUGCUACUCGUGCUGCGCGUGCUGCUCGUGCUGCUCAUGCUUCUCCUGUUGCUCCUGCUGCUCCAGCUGUCACCACUGACGGCAUUCCAUGUCCUCCUUUCUCCCUUCCCCCGCACGCUGUCAAAGCAACCGCAUCCUCUUCUCUUUCCCCCCGGCACCCGUCCGCCACUCCCUCGCCCCUCACUGCAGGAGUGCUCGCAAGUGUAUGCCAGAGAGGGCGCUCAGGAGAAGAAGCAGCAGGGGUAGAAGAAAACGAAGGGGUACGGGCAGAGGAGGAUGGAGGAGGAAGGAGAGAGAAGGGGCAGGAGGGUGAGGGGGAAGGGGGGGGAGAGAGAGAGGGAGAGGGAAAGGGGCAGGGACAGAGACAGGUUAGAGGAGCAAGGGCGCAUGAUGGGGAUAGAGGAGAGAUGGUGGAAGAAUGGGUAAGGACAGCAGUUGUGAAGAGGCUGCAGCGAUGGACGCAGGGCAGAGAGAAGAAGAGGCGUGUGGGAGGAGAGGAGGACGCGGGGAAGGGCGCGAGCAGGGAGGAAAAAGAGCAGGAGCGGCAGGGACAGAGGCAGGAGCAGCAAAGGCAGGAGCAGGCGCGGCAGGGGAAGAGACAGGAGCCGGUGGAGCAGGGGGGUAAAUCGGUGUUAAGGGAGGGUGUGGGCGAAAAAGAAGGCGAGGGGGAAGUCGAUGAUGCGGGUGAGCGGGGUAGGGGGAAGAGUGCGCUGGAGCGAAGGCAAGGGCAUGCAGAGGGGCCAGCAAGGGCAGAGAAUUCUGAUGGGGCUGUGCCCCUAGAGCGCAGUCAUAGGGUCUCCGAUCAUGAGGAGCAUGGAGGGGAAACAGGCAGGGAGGGGGAUAGAGAGAGGAGGGGAGGAUGGAUGGAGAGAAGAGGUGCGGAUGAGAUGGGGGAGGGGUUGGGCAGAGACGGAGAGGAGGGGAGAGAGAAGGUGGUGGGAGAGAGAGGGAGGAGGCGAGAGGGAGAGGAGGAGGCUGGAAUGAGGGUUGCUGGUGGGGAGUGUGCAGGUGAUGGUGGGGCGAGAGAUGGGGAUGGGGAGGAGGAAGGAGCGUCAGUAUGUAGGGAAGGGAAGGGUGAGAGGGAGGGCGACUGGGGAGGAGGAUUUGGGAGGGCUAUGGCGGGUGGGGAGCUUUCAGGGAAUGCCAUGGCUGGUGGUAGCGGGAGAGGGAAGGGGGAGAGGGGAGGUGGGGGAGAAGAAGGAGAGGGGGAGGGCGGAGGAGGUGGAGGGGAAGGAGGAAGGGAAGGUGAAGGGGAAGAAGGAGGGGGAGGAGGUCUUUUGAAAAGAAUGGGAGAAGGUGGAUUGAGGAAAAGGGGAUUCGAAGACAAGCUAAGCCAUGUGCAUGCAGGCUCUUCUGAGGGCAUUGGUAGGGGUGACGCUGGGGGUGCAAGUGGAAGGGCGGAGGGGGGUACGGGAGGAGCUAGGGUUGCGGUGGUCGGGGAGGGGGUUGCGGUGGUAGGGGAAAGGGAUGAAAGAGACGGUGGGCCGUGGGAGGUGAUGGGAGUGGAGGGGGGUGGAGGAGGAGGAGGAGGAGGAGGAGGAGGAGGAGGAGGAGGAGGAGGAGGAGGAGGAGGAGGAGGAGGAGGAGGAGGAGGAGGAGGAGGAGGAGGAGGAGGAGGAGGAGGAGGAGGAGGAGGAGAGCAGCAGACCCGCAGUGGUAGUGGGGGAGCAAGGGAGGAGAGAGAUGUGUGCGAAGGUCCGGGGGCGAAAGAGAAAGAGGGAUGGGGGAGGAAGGAGGCAGCAGCGGAGUGUAGGAAGCAGCAACAGGACGCAGUGCCAGAGGGUGGAGAGGCGAGAAGGGAUUUGCGAGUGGUUGCAUUUGCAUGUAACGGAGAUGUGACACAAGGGAGGGAAGAUGUGGAUGGUUCUAACGAGGGUGAUGUGAUACAUGGUGGGAGUAAAGAGGGAUCGGUGGCGGGUGGAGGCGAGGUGGAGGAGGGGAACGGAGCUGUGGGGGAGGGGGGAGUGAGCGCGCAGGAAGGAAGUCCUGCAGUGGCUGUGGAGAGUUCGAAACAAUCCUUUGCUAGGGUGAAGGGGACUGGUGUUGGGGAAGCAGCGGUGAGAGAUGCAGCGGGAACAGACGAGCAGAGGGGAGUAGCGGGAAGGGAGGAGGGUGAGGGGGUAAGGGAGGGGAGCGGGGAUGAGAGGGGAGUUGGCAGGGGAGUGAGCGCGGGAGGGGUUGGGGAAUCAAACGAGGAGGUGUGUGUUGUGGAAGAUGCUCAAACAGCGCAAGAAGUGCAAGCAGUGCAAGAGGUACGGUCCGUGGCAGCAGUGGCAGCAGCAUCACCACCACCAGCAGAAACAGCAGCAACAGCAGCAGCAGCAGCAGCAGUAGGGCUUGCAGGGGGUUUGUGCUCAGUACUACCAGAGCAGAAUGUGAAGGAAGGGGCGGUGGGGCGGGUGCAGUACAGGCGGAGAAAGGGCGGCUCUGGGUCCACACCGCACAAGAAGCGAGGCCCUGUGUCUCUUGCGGGUGUGCCUGUGUGCGAAUUGGACGCUGCUGCUGGUGAUGGCGGUAGUGGUGCUGCUGGUCCUGGUGCUGGUGCUGGUGCUGGUGCUGGUGCUGGUGCUGGUGCUGGUGCUGGUGCUGGUGCUGGUGCUGGUGCUGGUGUUGGUGCCGGUGGGGAAGGGGGUGAUGGGGGCGUGGGAGUGGGGGAGGAGGGGGUGGUGGAGCAGCAGCAGUGGAGACCGAGCUUGGGGAAACACUUUGAGAGCAGUCAACAGCAUGAGAAGGAGGGAAAGGAGAAGGAGAAGAGGGAGGAGAGGGAGGAUGGGUUGGAUGGGAGGGUUGUGGAGCGGAGAGAGGAGGGAAGGGAAGCAGAGGCGUGUAUAGGGCUACUGCAGGAGGCAUGGGGGGAGAGGGCGGAGUGUGGUGGGUGGGAGGGCGGGGUGGGGGCAGUGGUGGGGAAGUCAACAGUAGGGAGGGCAGCGGCGGGAAGGGAAGUGUUGCAAGGAGCUGAGAGGCAGGAGGUGCAAGGGCCGUCCAGCCCACGCAAGAGACUCAAACGCUCGGGCUCCUCUGCCAAAAAGCCAUCAUUCAGUGCGUCUGAUCCUGGUGUUGCUGCUACUGUUGCUGGCGUGCCAGGGAAACCUAUGCAUGGUGAAGAGAUGGGCAUGGGAACGGGAACGAGUCCUGUGGUGGAAGAAGAGGAGCAGCGUGCAGUGGUGCAGGCAUGGCGUGGCAUGUGCACGCAUCCCCUUGCCGCCACCUUCUCUUGCCCUCCUCACUCCAAAGAGCACCCAGACUACACUUCCAUAGUGCGGCAGCACAUCGACCUAAGUAUCAUCGGCAGGCGGGCUUUAAGUGGCGAGUACCCGUCCCGGCAUGCCUUCUUCCGGGACGUGGUACAGCUGCUGGCCAAUGCCUUUGUGGCCUUCCCCCACGACUCGCACCACUUCACCGCAGCGCUCUCCUUCCGCUCGCACCUCUGCCAGGAGAUGACAGCAGCGUUCCCCCAGGACUCGUGGCCUCUCCCCUUGUCAGACCGCGGGGCAGCAGGCAUGCACGCUUCCUGCAGCCACAGCAGCCGCGAGAGCUUCCCCUCAGGGCCCCGUGCAGGCGCAGGGAGGGUGGGGCGAGGGGUGACGCGGGGGAGAAGGGGCGGGGUUGGUGGGGAGGAGGGGUGGGAAGAGGGGGAGGAGGGGGAGGAGGGGGAGGAGGGAGAGGAUAAGGGUGGGAGGAUGGAACAAGAAGGCACCAAGACUGCUGAGCAUAAUAACCACACAGAGAAACUAAGAGAGGGAGAAGCGGCGGGAGCAAACAGAGGUGGUGAAGGGGAGGGGGGGGAGGCGGAGGAGGAAGGGAGGGAGGGUCGGUUGUCUGGGUGUCGAUCCGGGAGGAGCAAGGCGAGCAGCAGUGGGAGAAGCACAGGAGGGGCGUCAACAGGAGCAGGGUCUACAGCAGGCGAGACAGAGAGCGGUGCAGGGAGGGGAGAUGGAAGGGGGAGCGGGAGAGAGAGAAGCUCACAAAGUGAGGCAGAGGCAGAGAAGGUAGCAGCAUGGGAGGGGGGAGCUGGCACGCACACCAGCCCGACAAGUCCCACCAGUGCUGGUGGGGAGAGUGCAGGGGGCAUGGUGACGCGGCACAGGAGGCGCAUGCGGGGUGACUUUUGA